AUAGAGUUGGAAAGAUGGUUGAACAACAUGAUAACUAUCUGAAACAAUUGGGUAUUAACAUGAAUAACUUAGAAAAAGAAAUGGAUUCAGCUAUUGCUAAAGAAUCUAGAUAUUGGCUUGAAAAUGAUGCAAAAAUUAGAGCUGUUCAACAAGGAGUUCCAACAUAUGAUGAUUUUAGAGAGCUUGUCGCUGGAUGCCACUUAAAGCCUUUGGAUCGAUUAGAACUAACCAAUACUGUUGGUCAAAAGUCCAGCUGGAACUAUUCAACAAUAUUAUCAAGUAAUAAUAGCUUGUUUCUGGAACCUGAAAUGAAUUCAGCUAUCGCUACAAAGCCUAUUACUACUCCACAGGAAUUCAUUGUACAGUGGCGUCAUGUCAAAUCAUCUUCCACGUCGGACAGCAUUACUAAAAAUGGUGCUUUAUUGGAGUUAUUGUUCAUUCAAGAUAAUGAACUAUUAGAAAAUCUUUUUAACACUGGACUGGGUGUGUCGUUUUUACCUGAAAUACUUUCAGUAUUAAAUCAUGCUGUUGAUAACACGGACACUACAUUAUCAUCAUCUGAUUAUAAUAUCAGCAUCGUAAUAUCCAAGGUUUCUAUGAUUCUUGCAAGUUUUCAACGGUCUAAACAAUUUUCUUUGGCAGUCGAUUGUUUGCUAGAUAGUGAAAAAGAAACUGCACAUCAUUUAGUUGAAAAAAUCACGGACGUUGCAAACAAAUAUGAACUUUUUGAUGAUGGUGAAACUUUGAAGAAAAUUGCAGAUACUUUUAAGCAAAGCAAUAGUUGUUAUGCAAUAGAUGACGUUAGGUCCUGUGUUUGAAGAAAUUUGAAAGCUUCAUUAGAUAUUUUGUUUUAGGUUUAUUGUAAUCGUAACUUGCAUUCUGUUUAUUUGGCACUUGUGUCUUAUUGUAUGUCUUUGUAUUCUCUUGGAAAAUCAUUUCCGAAUUGUUCCUAGUUUAGACAGAAUUUCUACAUCUGUUCAAAUUCUUGAGUAAAAAUACAAUCUUCCUAUAUGACAAUAAAUCUUAGUCAUUCUUCACCUCAAUAUUUCGAUCAAAGUUAAUUUCGGCUUAUGAGACCGCACUUGUUUAUAAAUUUAUAAAUGUUUUUCC